AUGCCACCAAUCCGGGCUUGCGAUGUGUGCUUCAAAAGAAAGAUAGAGUGUUGCCGGCCAGGUCCCAAUGUACCCUGUAAUUGGUGUAACCAUCAGAAAUUGGAAUGCACAGUGAGUAGAGAAAAGAAAACAGUUUCUGCAAAAAGGAUCAAAGCGAAAGAUGUAGAGAGGCUCCGGGAACAGAUUAAGCAGCUUGAGAAUGCUCUUGCUCAAGCUCAUGCUUCUAAGAGCCAAGUUAUUGCUGAGACACCAAGCGCAAGCAAAUAUUUCAAAUCAUGCUUUGCUGAUGAAGACGGAACUCGUGGAAUAUCUGAGAGUCUAGAGCGGCUAAAUGGUAGUGCUACCCGAGACCUAUUGCCCACUGGGCAAGCCAGUCAAACACCCGGAGAUGGCAUCCAUGCACAUAUCUUUUUUGCGACUCGGCUUUUUGAGAAGAAUUGGUAUCAUAGAGGAAUGCCAAUUAUUUCUAAAGAUGGCUUAGAAUGGAUUGCUUCCAGAACUGACCACGGCACUACAGCCUUGCGAUCAUAUUUAUCUUUAGGCCAUUACAGCCAGCCAUACUGGAAGUCUCUGAACCUUCAAGGGCAUGCUUCCACCACAGAAUCAUGGGAUUUGCCGGAUAAGAGCCUGGCUCACGAAUUGUUUAAUAGUCUCUCGCCUUCUUCUUUUCAAAUUCUGUUCCCCUCCCUCGACAAGGUGCUCUUCGAGGAGACUGUAAAUACAGUCUAUGGGCCGUUUGAAGGGAUGCACACACCUCACUCGAAUAUAUCUGCGAGAGCGUGCUUUUGGGCCGCAUGUGCCAUCAUAUCAUAUUUGAAAAUCUCCAGUCAGACCUCUUCACCAUUCGACUGCAAUGUAUGUGCAGCUAGAGCAGAGCGAUUUUUGGAACUCUCCAAUGGGCCUGCAAACCUGGAUAUUUUACAAGCAUUAAUAUUGCUGUAUAAAUACCGAACAGCUACUGGCCAAUAUAGCAGCGCUGCAGCCUUGCAUUCGGCAGCUUGCCGCAUGGUUUGUGAGCUCAAUGGACACUUCAAUCACCCAAAAAAGCGUGAUGAGAUUCAAAUAUCUCUCUUUGAGCGCCGAAAAGAUCAUAUUCGAAAGUUAUUCUGGCUAUGCUAUCUUGCUGACAAGGAUCUCGCCCUGUUAUCCGGGUUACCCCCCACCCUCGCUAACGAGUAUUGCGACGUGGGUGUACUCGGAGAAUAUUUGAGUCAUAAUACUUUCUUGCAUGGGUUUGGUCAAGGCGCCGAUAUCAACGACAUUGAGACUAUUUCUUGGGAUAGAGCUAUCCCAUUUCUUCCAGGAGACCCGCAUCUCGGGGUGUUGAAAGAGAAGAUAUUUCGGCUGCUUUACUCCCCUUCGGCCCUCAAGAUCAUCGAUAGUGAACUCCUCACUCGGAUUCGCCACUUGGAUGAUGAGCUCGAGGGCUGGCGAUUGUCUAUUUCUCAUGCAAUACGUCCCAAGUUAUCGAUUUCCCAGGGUCAAGGCGUGUCACCUACUGGCACAUUUCCAAGCUAUUUGAUAUCCGUGCAGUUACAGUUAGAAUAUCAUUACCUUUUGACAGUUAUCCACACACCAGUCAGAAGAUUUGGAGCUGCCCAAGACGCGGAAACUAGUCCACCAGAGGAACUUCAUAGUGUCAUGCAUUCAAGCAUUGAUCUAUCCCUAGAGGCCAGCCGCUCAACUUUGCGUCUGCUAAAUGAGCCAAUCGCCAUGUUAAAGCGAGAAACAUUUUGGUAUAGCAUCAUCUACCCGCUUGUAGCCGCGAUGUCAUUAUACGUCAAUAUUCUGAUACAUCCUGUUGGCCCUCGAGCUGUAGCUGACGCGGAAUCACUUGCUUUGGCAUUGAAGAUCACGGAAAGGAUGCGACUACCGGCCAUUUCAGAUCACCAAUCGAAUGAAGCUGAGCAGGCGCACCAACUUAUCACUGAAUUAUUAAAACUUGCAAACGCAGCCAUCUUAAAAGCGGACGUAAUCACUGCCGCGAAUAAGCCACCUGCCAAAUAA